AUAUUUUCAAUGACACAACCCCAAAUCCAACAUGGCCGUGCAGUAACAGGAAUGCUAGUAAAACGCACAGUUGAAAUGGCACAUGUCAUUGAGUAGUGGGGUUAUUAUUUCGUAAUUGAAAAUUAACUCUUGGGUCGCCAUGUGGCUGCCGCUCUGUUUAAGAAGCCAGACAGCCUGCAGAGGAAGCUACGCUGCUGCUCUUUUAAAAUGUUCAAGGCACUGGGAAAACGGGUCUCUCUUCAGUCAUUCAGCUGGACCUGCAGUACUAACAAGCAAGGCUCUUCUGUUCAGAAAACACGGGGACCCUUCAAAAGUCGUUCAGUUGGAAGAUGUAGACCUGCCCCCCAUAGGGGCAAAGGAUGUCCUCGUUAAAAUGCUGGCAGCUCCAAUCAACCCGUCUGACAUCAACAUGAUUCAAGGUACUUAUGCUAUCUUGCCUGACCUCCCAGCGGUCGGGGGCAACGAGGGAGUGGCCCAGAUCGUAGAAGUCGGUGGCCAGGUGACGUCCCUCAAAACAGGAGACUGGGUCAUUCCAAAAGAUGCUGGUUUAGGGACCUGGAGGACAGUGGCCGUGCUAGCGGAGGACGAUGUCAUCUCGCUGCCGAAUGACCUUCCCUUGUUGUCCGCUGCCACACUGGGGGUGAAUCCUUGCACUGCCUUCAGGAUGCUCGCUGACUUUGAGGAUCUCAAGCCAGGUGAUUCUGUGAUCCAGAAUGCAGCCAACAGUGGAGUUGGGCAGGCUGUAAUACAGAUUGCUGCUGCGAGGGGGAUAAGCACCAUCAACGUCGUCAGAGACAGGCCAGAGUUCACACAGCUCAGUGAUAGGCUGAAGGCCAUGGGAGGAACUCAUGUGAUCAAAGAAGAGGCACUGAGGCGGCCGGAGAUGAAGGAACUGUUCAAGACCUGUCCAAAGCCUAAACUGGCACUGAACGGAGUCGGAGGCAAAAGUGCAACAGAGCUGCUCCGUCAUCUACAGUAUGGAGGAUCUAUGGUGACGUAUGGAGGGAUGGCCAAACAGCCAGUUACUGUCCCCGUGAGUGCUCUUAUUUUCAAGGAUGUGAAGGUUCGGGGAUUUUGGGUCACGCAGUGGAAGAGAGAUCACUCGAGCGAUGGAAAGGCAUUCAGAGCCAUGCUGGAUGAGCUGUGCCACCUCAUUCAGCAGGGAAAGCUGACGGCUCCUGCCUGCACUGAGGUGGGCCUCCAAGACUACAGCAAAGCUCUGGACACAGCGACGCAGCCUUUCACCUCAGCUAAACAGGUCUUGAUCAUGUGAACGGACUCACCAACCAAUCGUUGCACGGUCAUGACCCCAGGGACUGCGACAUUAUCGUCAACUUGUCAAUCAAAUACACUGCUCGAGCACAUAUUCAAUAAAUGUGUCUUCACAGUAGGCCCAAAGUCCAGCAUCUGGUAUUUUAUGACAUUUUGAGUUCCCACUUAAGUUUAUUGACAGUAUUUAAAAAGUAAUUGCAUCUUUAUAUAGCGAUAUGGGAUAAGCUAUAUAGAACUCAGAUAAUACAGCUUAAUCUGAUAUGUUUAGUAACAGGUUGUUGUUUUACUAAGUUAUAUGGGCGUGAUUAAGUGCAAUUUAUGUUAAUCAACAGAUUUACUGUUGCAAUAAUACUGAUAUGGUAUAUAUGGUAUAU